ACGCUCUGCUGCGGAACCAUUUCCCCAGGAAAUUCCUGCAGGGACGCGCUCAAUUCAUUCAAUCGAAACAACCAGCCAAGAUCCCACGUCGGCAUACAACAUGUUUUUCUUCGGCGGCGGCAAAUCUUUUAACCCAGACAAGGACAUUCCCGACCUCUCGGGCCGGGUCGUCCUCGUCACGGGCGGCAACAUCGGGCUGGGCAAAGAAACGGUCUUGCAGACCUGCAAGCACGGCCCGGCCCGAGUCUUCCUUUGCGCCCGCUCCGAGGCGGCCGCCCACGCCGCCAUCGAGGACAUCGAGCGCGAGGUGCCCGGCUCCCACAAGCUCAUCACAUUCGUGCAGCUGGACCUCGCCUCCUUCGCCAGCAUAAAGGCCGCCGCCGCCUCGGUGCUGGCGCAGACGGACCGCCUCGACGUGCUGUGCAACAACGCCGGCAUCAUGGGCACCGCCCCGGCCGUCACCGCCGACGGCUACGAGCUGCAGCUCGGCGUCAACCACGUCGGGCACGCCCUGCUGACCCGCCUGCUGCUGCCGCUGCUUUUACGCACGGCUGGUGCGGGCGGGGUGGGUGGCAAUGCCGCCGCCGCCGACGUGCGCGUCGUGAACCUCGCGUCUGAGGGCGAAAAGUUCUGCACGGCCGACCCGUGGACCGCCGACGCGCUGCCGGCGUACAAGACGCCGCAGGCCGACCGCUGGUCCUUGGGGCGCUACGGCGUGUCCAAGCUGGCAAACAUCCACCACGCCCGCUGCCUGGCCCGCCGCCACCCAUCCAUCACCGCCGUGGCGGUCCACCCGGGCGCCAUCAACACGGGCCUGACGCGCGGGCCCAAGGAGUCGUACCCCUGGAUCGGCCGCCUGAUCGAGCUGAUCGUGCCCUGGGUCAUGCCCGGGCCCAGAAAGGGCGCGCUGAACCAGCUGUGGGCGUGCUGGGGCGAGGGCGUCGUCUCGGGCGAGUACUACACCCCCGUCGCCGUCACGGGCAAAGGGUCGGCGCAGGCGUGCAACGACGACAUGGCGGAGCGGCUUUGGGAGUGGACGGAGAAGGAGCUUGAUGCUUGUGCCUGGUAGGCUGCUGAUGGGUGGGAGGCUUGUGGGGUGAAGGAGAGGGUUAUUUUGUGGGAGGAAUUAUUUAGUCAAAAAAACAUGUAGCAGGGCAAGGCAGGUAAGCUUGCAGAGCUUGGUAGGUGUUGUUUUUCUCUUCUUUUUCCGUCACACCCGCUCUACAUUGGCUUUGGACACCAGGGCCCAUUGGCGAGCAAUGAGGCGCUCGUCGCGUUCUUGAGGAUCGUGGCCAUAUCUACCGGUGGGGCAUCUACAGCUGAAGGUUGUCGCAGAGGAUAUUUGACCCGAUCGCCAGCCCUCUGGCUGAUACGUGAGGCUUCACUUUUGGCCUUUGUGUGGCGCAAUGGAGUUGCAACGAAAGGAUCGUGGGAAUUAAACGGUAUGUGCUAUAAAGAUGUUUCACAUGCACGACCCCAAUCUUCGGUAUCAUUGCUGCCGUUCUCUUUGUACUCCCCUUUACAGUAUUAAUAGCGACAUAUUAAGUAAUUCGGUAGGUACCUAUAUUGGGCGGUAAUCCAGUAGUGCAUCCGAGGACCUGAUACCUACCUAAGUGGCUAAGUGGCUACCGAGGUGCGUUGCAUGUUUACAUUCCGAGCUUGUAAUCUAGACAGAUGUAUUGACGCUUAAGCCCCAUGGGUGUCUUUAAGUCCCGCCACGUUCCCC